AUGGACUGGAGAAAACUCUUUGGCUGCUCAGAGGGCCUCGAUUUAGAAUAUCACCCACCUAGGGUUAGCGAUGGGUCUAUCUCCGUUCACCCUCCUCCUGAGGUCUUAGACGCUGGAAUUGAUGAAUGGAAGCUCUCAAUUGUUGGCCAAUGUCUCGGUGCUGCUCCAAAUCUUUCAUCUAUGCAACGUAUCGUCAAUAACCUCUGGAAAAUGGCACUCGGGGGCAGUAAAACUCAGGUAAGUUUCGCAGGUAAUAAUCACUACAUUUUUUCCUUCGAUUCUGAAACUAUUAGGGAUUGGGUUCUCGAAUCAAGACCCUGGCAUAUUCUCAAUAAGCCCUUAAUCCUUAGGAAGUGGGAACCCAACUGGAAAAGAUUACAUUUUGACUUAUCUCGCUGCGUUAAUCUUUUUAACGUUCCCCUUGAACUCUUCUCUAAAACUGGUUUGAGUUAUAUUGCUAGUGCCAUUCGCUCCCCCCUCACAAUGGAUUCUGUCAUCGCUGCUAAAACUCACUUGGAAUUUGCUAAAGUUUGUAUUGAGAUUGGGGUUAAUGAUGUUAUCCCCAAAUCUAUUGAUGUGGUCCUUAAGGAUGUCGUAAGUGUUUCAGUUGACUCUGUGCCUAAGCCAACUGUUACAUUAGCUGAAGGUUCGGUAGAUUCUCCUAAAUUUCAUGAUGUUCCUAACACAGUUCCUUACGUAAGUAAAGAAUUGACUACCAAUAAAUCUACUGCUGGUUCUUCUGAAAUUUUAAGCUAUUCUCAGAUUCCUAAUCUUAUUCGUGGUAGGGGCAUACCAUCAAAAAACAAAUCAACCUCAUCAGAAUCUAACAAUAUAUUUGACAUUCUAAGUACUGUGGAAAACCCUUCUAAAUUUCCUGAAAGUCAGCCUAGGAAAAUUAGAUCAGCUUCCUUAGGAGUUGCCAAUCUUAUUAAUGAAUUAAAGCUAAAAAAGAAAGAUAAGUUAACCAAAGUUACAAAAGUUGAGUUAGAAGGUAGUAGAAAGGGUAUAGAUUUCACUCUCUGUCAUGCUUCCAAACAAUGCUUAACCAUUAAAGGUUUGCAUUCUGGUUCCCCUUUUAUCCUUACUGUUGUGUAUAGUAGCAACGAUGGUAGGGAAAGAAGGCUCAUGUGGCAGCAACUACGGGAUUUAGAUAGGAUCUUGGGCCAUUUCCCUUGGAUCAUAGGCGGUGAUUUCAACAUCAUCUUAAACUCUUAUGAAUCUUCUGACUUUGAUCUUUUGGGUCCUUCUCCCUCCGAUAUGAGAGAUUUUCAGGAUGUUCUCUCGGAUCUUGAUCUUUUUUAUCAUCCCUUUACCGGCCCUACUUUUACUUGGAGCAAUAAACAACAAAUUUAUUUCCUUGCUAGAAAACUAGUUAGGGUCUUUAUCAACCAUAAUUGGAUCAGUUCCUUUCGCUCUUCCCAUGUCGAGUUCCUUGCUCCUGGCAUUUCUGACCAUUGCCUUGCCCUUCUUUGGACUCACAAAGAGAUUCUUUUUUCCAAGCUUAAACGCCUUAAACCUCUCCUUAAAGCCCUUAAUAAUUCUUUCUUUAGUGAUCUCUCUUCUCGUGUUAAUCUUAAAAGAUUUCUUGAGGAUGCUGAAGCUAUGUUCCUCAAGCAAAAAUCUAAGGUUCAGUGGCUCAAAAAAGGGGAUAACUGUUCUAAAUUCUUCCAUUCUUCUGUUGCCCUUAAAAAUAAAAGAGACACCAUUAGACUGCUUAUUGACGAUUAUGGCAAUAGAUUAGAAUCUUUUGAUGAUAUGUCCUCUGAGGUGAUCAAUUAUUUCUCAAAUAUCCUUGGCUCUACUGACCCAAUGGUUAAGUGUAUUGAUCAUAAUGUGCUCAAAGAUCUCCUUCAUUCCUCUUUGCCUGCUGACUUGGCUGCAAAUCUUAGCAAAGACGUUACUAAGAAUGAAAUUAAAGAUGGUUUCUUUAGUCAAGGAAAUGACAAAGCCCCUGGCCCUGAUGGUUAUUCUCCCCUUUUCUUUAAAAAGUCUUGGGCUAUUAUUGGUGAUGACACCACUGCUGCUAUUUUACAAUUUUUUCAGGAAUCUUUUAUUCUUCUUGCUUUCAAUGCCACAACUAUCGCUUUGAUUCCUAAGAUUCCUAAUCCUAGUACGGUUAAAGAUUUUAGACCUAUUUCUUGUUGUUCUGUGGUUUAUAAAGCUAUUACUAAAAUCCUUGCUAACAAACUGUCCAUUUUAAUUCCUCAUCUUAUCACCCUCAACCAUACCGCUUUCGUGAAGGGCAGAUCCAUUGUUGAUAACACCCUUCUUGCUCAGGAAAUAGCUAUGAACCUCCCUCCUAAUUUUACUUCUUGGAUUGAAACUUGCUACUUGACUGCAAGCUUUUCAGUUUCUUUAAACGGGAGUCUAACUGGGUAUUUUAGAGGAGCAAGAGGUGUUAGGCAAGGGGAUCCCCUAUCCCCUUACUUAUUUGUUCUUUCUAUGAAUAUUCUAUCCAAGCUCUUGAAUCUGGGUGCGUCUAAAGGCCUUUUCAGUUAUCAUCCCAAAUGCAAGCGCAUUGGUCUUACUCACCUCUCCUUCGCUGAUGAUCUUUUAAUUUUCUGCAAAGGUUCUGUUGACUCUAUCAUCGGAGUCACCUCUGUUCUUGAUACUUUUUAUGAAAUUUCUGGCCUUAAAUUAAAUGCUUCAAAAUGUGAACUCUUUACUACUGGUGUUUCUAAUUCCACUCUUAAUGAUCUGAAAAUGAUUACUGGUUUCAAUCUUGGUGGUGCUAGAGUAAGUUGGCAGAAAAUCUGCCUUCCUAAAUCUGAGGGAGGUCUUGGUCUUAAAGAUUUAAAAACUUGGAACAAAGCUUGCAUGAUGAGCCUAAUAAAGAACAUUCUAGCUGGUGAAGUCAAACCAUACAUGAGCUGGAGCCUAAAACAGAUUUUGAUGCUUAGGACUGAAGCCUCCUCAAUUCUGCCUUCUAUCUCCAAGAAAAUUGGUCACAUUUGGAAUGACAUUAGGGUUAAGAACCCGAAAGUUCAUUGGCAAUCCAUUCUUUGGUUCUCUCUUCUUAUUCCCAAACAUAGCAUUAUUUCUUGGAUGACAUUCCUCGACCGACUCCCCACUAAAGAGAGGCUCCAUCGAAUGGGGAUCGUCACUGACUGUCAGUGCACAUUUUGUGGUAAUGGUAUGGAAUCUAGAAACCAUUUAUUUUUCGAGAGCAAGAUUGCUACUGCACUGUGGUUUGCAAUCUUCUCCUAUUGUGGUCUUCGGUUUACCCAUCAUUCAUGGGAUGCUCUCUACGCUUGGGCAACGGUAAAGUGGAAGGGAUCCUCCAUUCUCUCUUUAAUCAUGAAACUCUCCUCGAAUGCUUUGAUCUACACAAUCUAG